CGGCCGCCGCCAAACUUCGCGGCGCGCGCACAUGCUCCAAGUUGGGCGCGGCGGCGGCGGCGCGGGCGGCCGGUGAGCGCGGCGCGGCCAUGAGCGGGCGGCCGGCGCCGGUCUCCCGUAAGCAGCGGCUCAUGGCAGCCGUGGGCGAGCGGGCUGCGGGCGGGGGCGGCGGCGGGGGCGCGCCGCUGUCCUGCUUCAUCUGCGGCGGCGGCAUCGGGCGCGGCAAGGAGCUGAAGCUGCAGGUGAAGCAGCCAGCGGCGGGGGGCGCGGGGGGCGCGGGGGCCCCGGCACAGCCCUUCUUCCCGUUCCUGCAGCAGCAGGAGCCCGCACCCGGCGCGCGCGAGCUGUCCCCGGCCGACGGCUGCGUGUUGGUGUGCGCGGUGUGCCGCUGCUUCCUGGGUGAGCAGUGGGCGGCCUUCGAGCGCGCCCGCACGCCUGUGGACAAGCGCAUGUACUGGCUCAAGAGGCCGCACCAGUGCGACGCGGGCGCGGGCGGGCGCCGGGGGGGCGCGGGGGCCCCCCGCGAGUGGAACGCCGCCUACGCGCUGGGCGGCGCGGACGACGACGAGGACUGCCCGGGGCCCCGCGCUGCUGCCGACGAGACCCGCGACUCGGAACUGUCGGAGCUGUCGGACACCGACCCCCCCUCCGAGCCUGCCGCCAGUCCGUGCCAGGACGGGGCGCCAGUGCCAGGGGCCACCCCGGGCCCGGGGCUCCGUGGGGGCCGCUGCCAGGACUGUAGGCCGCCUCCGGGACGCGGGACCGAGACCCCCCUGCAGGUAGAUGACGACGAGGGGGUGCCCUCCAAGUCCUACGUGGAGGGGGAGCUCAGGCCUGGUGGCAGGCGCCGCAGGAAGGGGCCUGGGAGGCAGUGGGGCACAGAGGCGCGGGCCAGCGUCCUGAGGGGGAUCCAGGAGCCUUGGCAAGUCCCUCCAGCUCCAGGGGUCUGUGCGGACGGCGGGAAAGGAGCCUCCCAGCCCCCAGAGAGCAGGCUGCCCCGUGAGGCCCACAGGGGCUUCUGCAUGUCGGAGGACAGUGACAUCAACAUCACCAGCGAGGAGGACGACCGCAAGGAGCAGCCCUCCUUGGGCCCCAAAGAGAAGGAGAACGGGGCCCAAGCUCCAGGAGCUCCCCAGGAGAGCCAGGCUAGCCCGAGGGAGGGCCUGUGCUGCUACAUUUGUGGCUCAGAGCUGUCCCCAGCCUCGCAGCACCAGAUCCACGUGCAGAAGCAGGAGAAGCUGGCGCAAGCCCCCUUUUUCCCCUUCCUGUGGCUGCAUAGCCCGCCCCCUGGGGCACAGCCCAUCACCCAGGGUGGCAGCACGCUGGCCUGCAGGUGCUGCUUCACCUCACUCAUGCAGCAGUGGCAGAGCUUCGAGUUGGCAGGGGUGCCAGUCCUGCAGCGGCUCUACGUGGUGCCCCUGAACAGCCACGCCCCCGGCAUGGCCUCUAAGGGCCGUAGGCCCAUGCGGGAGGAGAACUCGCCUGCCAGUGCUCUGCCCGAGGCCUGCUACCUCUGUGGGGAGGACUGCACCCCAGAUGCCCGGGCAGUCGCUUCCCGGCUGGUCAAUGGCAACAUGAGAGGCACCAUGUACUUCCCCUUCCUCAGCCUUCUGCCCUGCCCCCCCAACGCUCGAGCCCCCAACAAGCGCUGUGAGGUGCGCAGCUGCCCCAAGUGCUUCAGUGUCUUGGAGGACAUCUGGGCGCUGUACCGGGCCUGUCGCAGUGAUGAACUCAUCACCUCCGUGCAGGCCUUCCUGGGCAGGUACCACCAGGCCUUCUCUGCCUCUGACCCGGCACCCUGUGAGCUGCCCACCUCUGUCAGGGCAGGUGCCCCACCACAGCAGCCAGCCAUUUGCUACAUCUGUGGGGCUGAGCUGGGGCCUGGGCAGGAGUUCCAGCUCAACGUGAACCCCUCCAGCCGCCUGGGCGAGAGAGAGCCCUUUUUUCCCUUCCUCACCGUCCACCCACCUGCUCCGCGUGCCCAGCCCGCUGAUGCCUCCGGCCUAGUGGCCAGCUGCGUGCUGUGUUAUCAUGACCUGCUGGGCCAGUGGCUGCAGCUGGAGGCCCGAGGUGCCCACCCUUCCGCCAGUGCCUGGUCCCGGCAGUACCAGGUGGACACAUUUGUGUGUUUCUUCUGUCAGCAGGAGAAGAAGCGCUGCCUGGGGCUGCAGGCCGUGAGGGUGGCCCGGCUGCCUCUGUUCCUCUACACCCUCCGGGCCAGCCGCAGCCUGCUGGUGGACAAUGGGCGGCAGCUCAUCAUUGGUGCCUGCACCGAGUGCGGAACCCUGGUGUGCACUGGCCAAGGGCUCAGCCGUCAGGGCCCCCCAGGUUGGAGCUCCCCGGCAGCCACGGCAAUCAAGGUCACCUCUGCGUCUCUUGAGACAUCCACGGCAGCCAUGCACCCUCCCACCCGAGAGCCUGAGCCUCGGCCGGGUGUCCCCACAGAGAGCCUGAGCAGAGGUACCAGAAUGGCCCAGGAGCCAGGGCCAGCACGUGGUCAGCAGAGUGGCCUAGACAGGCCCACAGCAGACCUCCCAGCCACAGGCAUGAGCCAUGAGCCCAAGUCCCCUUCACUAGGGAUGCUUUCCACCGCGACCAGGACCACCGCCACCGUCAACCCCCUCACCCCCUCGCCGCUCAAUGGCGCCCUGGUGGCCAGCGGCAGCCCCGCCACCAGCAGUGCACUGUCCCAGGCCGCGCCGUCCUCCAGCUUUGCCGCUGCGCUGCGCAAGCUCGCCAAACAGGCGGAGGAGCCCAGAGGGUCUUCACUGAGCAGCGAGUCUUCCCCUGUGUCCUCUCCAGCCACCAACCACAGCUCCCCUGCCAGCACGCCCAAGCGCGUGCCCAUGGGCCCCAUCAUUGUGCCCCCAGGGGGCCACAGCGUCCCCAGCACGCCCCCUGUGGUCACCAUCGCCCCCACCAAGACCGUCAAUGGUGUCUGGAGGAGCGAGAGCCGUCAGGAUGCCGGCUCUCGGGGCAGCAGUGGUGGGCGAGAGCGUCUCAUCGUGGAGCCCCCACUGCCCCAGGAGAAGGCCGGGGCCCCAGCCAUCCCCUCCCACCUGCUCAGCACCCCCUACCCCUUCGGCAUCACCCCUAGCUCAGUCGUGCAGGACUCCCGCUUCCCACCACUGAACCUCCAGCGGCCUGUGCACCAUGUGGUGCCCCCCAGCACAGUGACCGAGGACUACCUGAGGAGCUUCCGGCCCUACCACACCGCAGAUGAGCUCCGCAUGUCCUCCCUGCCUCCUCUGGGCCUGGACCCAGCCACCGCUGCCGCCUACUACCACCCCGGCUACCUGGCCCCACACCCCUUCCCCCACCCAGCCUUCAGGAUGGAUGACUCCUACUGUUUGUCUGCCCUGCGGUCACCCUUCUACCCCCUGCCUACUCCUGGCUCCCUGCCCCCACUGCACCCGUCAGCCAUGCACCUGCACCUGUCGGGCGUGCGCUACCCACCCGAGCUCGCCCACUCGUCCCUGGCCGCGCUGCACUCGGAGCGCAUGUCCAGCCUCAGCUCCGAGAGACUGCAGAUGGAUGAAGAGCUGAGGCGGGAGCGUGAGCGUGAGCGUGAGCGCGAGAGGGAGCGGGAAGCCGACCGGGAGCGUGAGCGGGAGAAGGAGCGAGAACGGGAAAAGGAGCGUGAGCGUGAGCGGGAAAAGGAGUUGGAGCGUGAGCGUGAGAAGGAGCGGGAACGAGAGCUGGAGCGGCAGCGGGAGCAGCGGGCCCGCGAGAAGGAGCUGCUGGCCGCCAAGGCGCUGGAACCAGCAUUCCUGCCUGCAGCAGAGCUGCAUGGGCUGCGCACCCAUGCCCCAGAUGAGCGGGUGAAGCCCGCAGAGCAGCUGACCCCCACGAGAGCAGAGAAGCUAAAGGACACCUCAGGUCUACAGGCUCCCAAGCCCGUGCAGCAUCCCCUGCACCCGGCGCCCACGCCCCACCACGCAGUUCACGGCCUCCUCUCCAACCAUGGGCUCUUCUCACUGCCAGGCAGCAGCGCUGCCACAGCCCUGCUCAUCCAGCGCACCAACGAGGAGGAGAAGUGGCUGGCACGGCAGCGGCGGCUGCGGCAAGAGAAGGAGGACCGGCAAUCGCAGGUGUCCGAGUUCCGGCAGCAGGUGCUGGAGCAGCACCUGGACAUGGGCCGCCCGCCCGUGCCUGCGGAGCCCGAGCACAGGCCUGAGAGUGCCAGGCCAGGACCCACGCGUCACGAGCCUGGCAGCCGAGACCCCCCACAGCACUUUGGUGGGCCACCGCCCCUCAUCUCACCCAAACCCCAGCACCACUCAGUGUCCACGGCCCUCUGGAACCCCGUGUCCCUAAUGGACACCCCCCUGGAGCCGCGAAGAGCCCCAGAAAGCCACCCCUUGCACAGCCACCCCGCCCCAUUUGAGCCCAGCCGGCCCGCAGCUGUCCCACUGGUGAAGGUGGAGCGGGUCUACUGCCCAGAAAAGGCAGACGAGGGGUCCCGGAAGCGUGAGGCCACCCCUCUGGACAAGUACCAACCACCGCCCCGGGAGGCAGGGACCCUGGAACACCCGGCCUUUCCCCAUGGGCCUGGGCCCUUCCUGGCGGAGCUGGAGAAAUCCACCCAGACCCUGCUGGGCCAGCAGCGGGCCUCCCUGACGCAGCCAACCACCUUCGGGGAGCUCACGGCCCCCCUGAAGCCCGGCUCGCCCUACCGGCCCCCAGCACCGCGAGGCCCUGAUCCCGCCUACAUCUAUGAUGAGUUCCUGCAGCAGCGCCGGAGGCUGGUCAGCAAGCUGGAUUUGGAGGAACGCCGCAGGCGGGAAGCCCAGGAAAAAGGGUACUACUAUGACCUGGAUGACUCUUACGACGAGAGUGACGAAGAAGAGGUCAGGGCCCAUCUGCGCUGUGUGGCUGAGCAGCCGCCCCUCAAGCUGGACACAUCCUCUGAGAAGCUAGAGUUUUUGCAACUUUUUGGCUUGACCACCCAACAGCAGAAGGAGGAGUUGCUGAUCCAGAAGCGGAGGAAGCGGCGGCGGAUGCUGAGAGAGAGGAGCCCGUCGCCCCCGACGAUACAGACCAAGCGGCAGACGCCUUCCCCGCGCCUGGCACUGUCCACCCGCUACAGCCCUGACGAGAUGAACAACAGCCCCAACUUCGAAGAGAAGAAGAAGUUCCUGACCAUCUUCAACCUGACCCACAUCAGCGCUGAGAAGAGGAAAGAGAAAGAGAGGCUUGUUGAAAUGCUCCGUGCCCUGAAGCAGAAAGCACUAUCGGCAACAGUGGCAGACUCACUCAGGAGCUCUCCGAGGGACAGUCCUGCUGCCUCCCUGAGUGAGCCUGCCACGCAGCCAGCCCCUCUGGACACAGAGAAACCUGUGGGAAUUGCUGCUUCUUUGUCUGACACCCCGAAGGCCACAGAGCCUGGGAGACUAGAACAUCUCCGGCCCCAGGAGCUCUCUCGGGUGCAGGAGCCGGCUCCUGCCAGCAGCGAGAAGGCCAGGCUGAGCGAGGCUCCCGGGGGCAAGAAGAGUCUGAGUAUGCUUCAUUACAUCCAGGGCCCAGCGCCCAAGGACGUCCCUGUGCCGCUGUCCCACAGCAUCAAUGGGAAGAGCAAGCCGUGGGAGCCUUUCAUGGCAGAGGAGUUUGCACAUCAGUUCCACGAAUCGGUGCUGCAGUCCACCCAGAAGGCCUUGCAGAAGCAUAAAGGGAACGUGGCCGUGCUGUCUGCGGAGCAGAACCACAAAGUGGAUGCAUCUGUCCACUACAACAUUCCUGAGCUGCAGUCCUCCAGCCGGCCACCUCUGCCCCAGCACAAUGGGCAGCAGGAGCCCACUGCUGUGAGGAAGGGCCCCCCGGCACCUGAGCUGGACCAGGACUCAGAGGAAGAGGAGGAAGACGACGAGGAUGACGACGAUGAGGAGGAGGAGCCCCCCAGGCGCAAGUGGCAAGGGAUUGAGGCAAUCUUUGAAGCGUACCAGGAGCAUAUAGAAGAGCAAAAUGUGGAACGGCAGGUGUUGCAGACACAGUGCAGAAGACUGGAGGCCCAGCAUUACAGCCUCAGUCUCACAGCAGAACAGCUCUCUCACAGCAUGGCGGAGCUGAGGAGCCAGAAACAGAAGAUUGUUUCAGAAAGGGAGCGCCUCCAGGCGGAACUGGAUCACUUACGGAAGUGCCUUGCGUUGCCUGCAAUGCAUUGGCCUAGGGGUUACUUUAAGGGAUAUCCUAGGUGACGGUUUCCCUUGCACUAGGCCGAACCUAUAGUAUAGAAAUAUUAUCUAUUUUAUUACAAUGAAUAUUUAAUAUUUUUCACUGGGAGGUUUGAAGCUUAAAAUUAAUGAGAAUGUGCCACAUGAAGCAAAGGAUUCCAGGCUCCAGAAAAAGAAAGAAAACAAAAAACAAAAAAAAACUCACUUUGACUUCAAUGCAAUUGAUCACCUUUGUCAUUCAGCGAGCAACCGUGUAGGACACCCAUAGUUUCUAUUUUUAAAGGUGGUUUUGUUCUCUCUUCCCCCCCUCCCCACCUCAUCAUUACUUUUGAACCCUGAAACUGAAGGCUCCAUUACCAACACUAAAACUCGGUCACUUGUAGCCCCUGAGUGUGUAAGUUGGAUCAGACCCUCUGUUCUGUUUGUUGGUUGCCGUGUUACUUACUGUGCCUCAAGAACUAUGCCUGUGGGUGGGGCUGGCCGUAGUCCUCCCCAGGAGGGAGUGAGACCUGCCUCCUCUGAAUGAAGGUUGGGAGCAUUAAGUAAAGGGCUUGUUUCAGUUACUUUUCUUCAAAGCAACAGGUCCUAGGAGCACACACAAAGCAACAGGACUGAAGCCUCAUCCAAAGGCUUUUCCCUGCAAAAGCGCUUAAAGAGGAAAAAAAAAAAAAAAAAAAAAGCAAAAAGCAACAAACUGAAGGUACCUUUUUAUUACUUCAUGGGGGGAAAAAUGUACAGAGCUCUAUAUAUACAUAUAUUCACACCCACCAAAUUGUUACUGCUGUGGGUGGUGGUUUCAUACAAACGUAAAAUUUUGAGAGAAAAGUCAAAGGUGCUUCAGCCUUGUACUGUGUAUAUAUAUUAAAAAAACAAAGUUUUGUAUGUUUUUAUUACUUUAAUUAUUGUUAUAAAAAGCCUGCCAUUUUUAAUAUGUGGUUUUGGGGGGAUUUUUUUGUUGUUGUUGUUCGUUUGUUUUCUUGUUUGGGGUUUUGUUUUGUUUUUCUUGGGCAAAAAAAAAAACUUGCUUUUAGUGUUUGUACUGCUGCUGGUCAGGACAUUAAAAAUACUGAAGUGUUUUUUUUUUUCUUUUAAUUAAAAGAAGAAAUGUAAAAGAGCUUACCACUGGCGCCUAUGCGAUCACUUCAUUUUUGAGUUGCACCAGGAAGCAAUGUAGAAAGCCAUGCAUUACUUACCUCCUCUGCUCCCUCUCUCCCCAGCUUCUGGACAAGCUGACAGCAAACCUAACUCAGCCAUUGCUAUUAAGUGAGGAGGGGCUAGCCUCUGGUGGGAACAAGGUAGCUAGAUACUAUGUGUGCGUCUCCACACACAGACCUACACGGGGCUUUUUCUUUUUUUUCUUUUCCCCCCUUUGGAAAGAACCUUUCAGGAAAGUGAGCGAUUUCUGUGCUAGAAUUCUAAGGUGUCUUACAGCGGUCUGAUGAGAGCAGGUGCAAAGUAGAAAUUUAGAGGCUUUAUUUAGAUGCAAAGCUUGGCAAGAGCCUAAAGUAGGGUAAAAUGACGUCUGAGCUGAACUUCUCUCCUCCUCUUGAACUUACUGUGACAAACACCGGAGCUAGAAAUUGGCAUGCAAAGCAAUAGGGGACGUGUCUCCUUCUUGAUCCAGUUCCUGCUCAUUCAGGCAGGGUUUAAUGUAGAUUAAGAAGGGACUCUUGCCCCAAAGGGCCCUCAUUAGAGGCCAAAGCAGCUAGGGGCUCUGAGGGGAAAGGGGGCAACUCCUCACCAUGCCCCCCACCUUUGCCAGGGAGGGGCUAGUUGACCUUUGCAUAGGCUCCUCACUGUGAGUGGGGGCUGUGCCCUCAGCCCCAGACCUUAGCUGUGCAGAACAGCUUGCUGGCAGAUGGCAUUGUGUCGCUUUAUCUGUUCCCACACAGUUUGCUUUGUCUGUCUGCCAAGAAUCUUCCAGUUAUUAGCAAACUCUGACAAAAAGUGCCACCAGUAUUAUCAGCAGUCAACAAGCCGCCUUCCUCUCCCCAGAAAUGACCUGUAAAGAACUAAGGGCUGCUCUGGGGGCCUCGUCAACAGCCAAGGCGAAGUGUCACUGAGUUCCUGUCUAAAAUCUACUUGCUCUUUCUGGUCUAAAGGCUUAAGUUACAUCUUAGCCCUUCACUCCCUGUCCUCCUCCACGGAAGAGGUGUGGGUGUUCUGGGUACUAGCCUGGGCAAGUUGAUGGGAAAGAACUCGGCCCAUUCCCUGGCCAUCAAAGGGGGGUGGGGGGGGCUCCUGUGGGAGGAGUUUUGGCUACAGGAGGAUGACGACACUGGGCAGGUCUCUGCUGGGCAGCAGUUGUGUCGCAGUAUCAGUAAUAACUGCUUUCUCCUUCCCCUGCCUGCCAAGAUCACUCAGUACUCUUGGGCUCAAGAAGUAAUAUGACAAUCAGAAUAUAAUGUAGACCGGUUAGACGGCAUGAGUAAGCCAACAGUCAAAAAGCACUUGCUGAAAACACAAGUGUACCACUAAGGCAUAGUGCCCAAUAAUGGCUUAUCCCCAGUAGUUUUGAAACACUUAUUUAAAGAGGAUUCAGAAAGAAUACAGUAGCAUCUGAGUCUUGGUCAGUUUGGGCUUAACAAAAAUUGACAUGGGCAUUCUCUGAAGUCUUUUGUUCAGCUGUUUCACCUUGAGGGCAAAAAGACCAAGUCAACAAAUACACCAAAAUGUGCUCUAAGAUUGACUCUGCAACCUGUGUGUCAGUAUUUCUAUGAAGAUGUAGGGCUUCCUGGCCUCGUGGCUGCCUUCCAGAACUGAAUGUGUGGCUCCGCCAGAAACCAGAGCUCCUGCUGCAUGCCCCCCCCCCAGACUUGGCACUUUACAAAUAUGAUAUUUGCAAAGAGCUGUCUUUGUCUCAUAUUCAGAGCCUAAAGGACAUGAUCAAACACCAAGAACAAAAACAUUCUAAUAAACUGCCCCCAAGGACGCUAAAAAGGAGCCCACACCUUCACCAGUAAAGAAUCACAACACAGAGCGCCUUAAGUUUAUACUCAGAGUGGUAUUGUCCCUCGGGUAGUUCACAACAGCUGCCAUGUUUCAAAAGCUGGGGUAGAUACCCUCUUCCCCUCUUAAGUCAUGUUUUCAAAAGAUAAGCAAUUCCCAGAAGCCACCACCAGAGGGAGAUAGUAAGCCCAAGCCAAUUCUGUCUUUAAAAUAGUGUGACUUAACCACUUAGCAAACCCUCCACACUCUUUCAAGGACCCAGUGAGUAUCCAGACUCCAUGACUCUGCCUUGACCUGGGAAAGAUUCUGCUCAUUGGUUGUGUCACUCUGUAUGUGCCCUGUGCUUACUUACUAGAACAGUGAACCGUUCAUGGGAGGGAGGAGAAUGGUGCCUCGGUCACUCUAGGGGCAGUUUAGAUGCUGUGAAAUUAAACCUGUUCUUAAGUGUACUUGUUUGAAUUAAUUGUAUUGUAAUAUUAUUUGUUGAAUGUAGUAAUUAGGUAUUUAUGAAUAUAUUGCUGUAAUUUCUGACAACAUCCAAAAAAAAAUAAAACCUUGCUAAAUCGUAUUAAAGAGAA